GGCUCGGUUACACAUUAGACAGUUACAAAAUGGAGGCCAGUGAUCUUGUCAGGGAGGGCAAUGAAGCUUUUGUUGACGACGACUACGAGCUCGCCGUUAAGAAAUAUUCAGAUGCCAUAGAACUGAAUGCAUACGAUGCUGAGUUCUAUUUGAAAAGAGCAGCAGCUUUUAUGAAGAUUACAAAUUAUCAAGCUGCUGCAGCGGAUGCCUCCUCAGCAGCCAGUUUAGAGCCUGAAAAUUGUAAGGCACAUACGAGAAAAGGAGUGGCUCUUUUUAACUUGAAGAAUUUUGUAGCAGCAAAAGAGGCAUUUUCAGAUGCAUUAAAACUUGACAGAGAAAACAAAGAAUUACAGAUGUGGAUAGGAAAGUGUGAUGCUGAGCUAGAUUUGGCAACAAAUGAAGCAAAACUUGGAGCAAAUUCAACUGAAACGGUUGUGGUUGGUAUUGCAAGUGGAGAUGAGAGUGCCAAGGCAGCAUGUAAAGCUAAUGGCCAGACCCCAGUUAACGAGGCAGCUGGCAAUGCUGCUGACUCAUCAUCUGUUAACAAUCUGUCUCCCUCUGUUUCUACUGUUGCUGAUCCGUCUAAUCAGGAACAACUUCAGGCUAAACCACUAGCUCCAAAACCACGGUAUGAUUGGUACCAAACAGAAACCCAUGUUAUUGUAACAUUAAUGAUCAAGAAUACAAAAAAAGAGAGUGUCAAUGUGGAAUAUGGUGACAAAACAUUGAGUGCUACAGUGAAGCUUCCAAGUGGUAGUGACUUCAGCUUAGAGCUUGACCUUGCUCAUGAUAUCGUUCCUGUGCAGUGUAAAACAAAACUCAUGUCUACAAAGGUUGAAUUGAAGAUGAAAAAGGCCGAAGAAAUACGAUGGUCAUCUCUGGAAGCAGAUAAUGAAAUUGCAGUUAAACCAUUUCAAACAAAAGGUAGGAACAUUUAGUAUCUAUUGUUUGCCUAGUGUGAUGAUCCAGGUGAAUGAUAACAGAGGAUUAAUUUUGGAAACCUCCAUGUACUUUUUUAUCAUCAUCAUCAUCAUCAUCGUCAUCAUCAUCAUCAGGGCUGUGCUCUAGAAACAUCUGGAUGCCACAGGCGACUAACUUUUGCCUUUAGGUGAUCGGAAAAACUGACUUUUUGGGUGCUGGGCACACAGGAUGUCAUGGUUAGGAACCUUUGGGCUCCUCAUAAUAUUUUUCUUAGACCACAGCCUUGGAUUCAUUAUCCCUGUGUUAAACCCUAGAGAGAAGAGAUCACUGGUGGCUCAUUAUGCUAGCACUGUAAAACUCUGUUUUGUUGUACAGUGUAGUACCAUGAAGUGACUUAGGGUAGACUGUUGUAGGAAAGAGCUUGAUUAAUCUUGCCCAAGAACACAACACAACAUGUUAGUCGAAGGCUUUCACCCAGCCUCUCAAUCUGGACUCAACUCUGGAUGGUGACCCCAGC